CCUUCGAGCUGCGGUUUAUCCCUGAGACCUGGCUUCAUUUCCCACAAACCCAUCCACAAAACCCCGUUGGGUCGGAGCCGCGGGGAUCCUCAAACCCUUUCGGGACUGGACGGCGCCUUGCAGGCUUCUCUAGGAAACGCAGUCCGGGCUGGUGACAGGUGGCGGCGCAGGCGCACGCGAGGUCUCGGUGGGCCUGCACUUGCCGCCCCUUUGUGUUCCCUUCCGCUCCUCGCCGCUAUUCCCGUCCCGGGACCCGCGACCCUCGCGCUUGUUGCGGCCAGGCUGGCUAGAGCCCAGAGCCCCGGAGGGAGGGACUCCAGGAGUCUUCAUUUCCUGCAAACAGCUGGGAAGCAAGCGGUGACCAUGAAGAGUUUGGCCAAGGCACUUGGGGAGAGAGAUCUCCCUAUUCAAGAUUUUGUGUCUCUCCAAGAGAAGCCCACAGAGGAGCUGGGAAGAUUAAUAUCUGGCCUGUCAAGAGCCAGAGCCCAGGAGUCAUUGACUUUCAAGGAUGUUGCUGUGAACUUCACCCGGGAGGAGUGGAGGCACCUGGACCUUCGUCAGAGGGACCUAUAUAGGGAAGUUAUGCUGGAGAACUAUAGGAACCUGGUCUCAUUGGGGCAUCACAUUUCCAAACCAAAUAUGAUUUCCCAGUUAGAAAAAGGAAAAGAGCCAUGGAUGGUAGAGAGUGGAACCUCAAGAUGCACUUGUUCAAACAGGGAAACUAGGCCUGAAGCCAAAGAUUCAACUCCAAAGGAAGGCAUUUCCAAAGAAAGCUCACACCAGGAAGGAAUGACCAUGAGUUGUAUGUGGUCUUCCAAAUUAGGAAAAACCUGGGAAUGUGAUAGCCAGUCAAAUUGUCAACAGGGAAUCCAGGAAAGGCAAGUGAAACAAGUGGAAGUUACCCAGAAGAAAAACAUCACUGAGAAAAGACCUCCUAAAUCUAAUAAAUUUCGAGUAAGCUAUAGUCUGAACUCUGCCACUGCUUCUCAGGAAGUUUCUGUAGGAGAGAAUUGUCAUAAAUGUGACAUGUGUAGAAAGAACUUCAAAGAGAAUUCUGGCCUAAUUAAACACAAGAGAAUUUGUUCAGGGAAGAAACGCUUUGAAUGUAAUGAAUGUGAUAAAGCUUUCAGCCAGCGUGCACACCUUAUUCAACAUCAGAGAAUUCAUACUGGAGAGAGACCCUAUGAAUGUAAUGAAUGUGGUAAAGCUUUUAGACGGACUAUAGACCUUACUCAACAUCAGAGAAUUCAUACUGGAGAAAAGCCCUAUGAAUGUAAUCAAUGUGAGAGAGCUUUCAGCCAGCGUGCACACCUUAUCCAACAUCAGAGAAUCCAUACUGGAGAGAGACCCUAUGAAUGCAGUGAAUGUUCAAAAGCUUUUAGCUGGAGUACACACCUUACUGAACAUCAGAAAAUUCACACAGGAGAGAAACCCUAUGAAUGUAAUGAAUGUGGGAAAGCAUUCCGAAAAAGUACAGACCUUAAUCGACAUCAAAGAAUUCAUACUGGAGAGAAACCUUAUGAAUGCAAUGAAUGUGAGAAAGCUUUCAGCCAGCGUGCACAUCUUACUCAACAUCAGAGGAUUCAUACUGGUGAGAAACCCUAUGAAUGCAAUGAAUGUGGGAAAACCUUCAGAUGGAGUACACACCUUACUCAACAUCAGCGAAUCCAUACUGGAGAGAAACCAUAUGAAUGCAAUGAAUGUGGGAAAACUUUCCGUCGGAGUACUGAACUUACUCAGCAUCAAAGAAUUCAUACUGGAGAGAAGCCAUAUAAAUGUAAUGAAUGUGAGAAAGCCUUCAGCUGUAGGACCCACCUUAUUCACCAUAAAAGCACUCAUAGUGGAGAGAAACCCUAUGAAUGCAAUGAAUGUGGUAAAACCUUCAACCGUAGUUCAUCUCUUACUCAACAUCAGAGAAUCCAUACUGGAGAGGAACCCUAAACAUAUAGUGAAUAUGGAAAAACUUCUUAUGAGAGAUGAUCUGUCACAUCAGAAAAUUCAUAUUUGGCAAGUGUUAGAGUAUAGGCAUCUAAUAUUCAUGUGCUUUUAGGAAUAAAAAAAUAAUAUGACCAGUAUUAGCCAACCCAUCGUAAAAAAGAAGAUAACAUGCUAGAACAUAAAAAGUACACCAGUUUGAGGUAAAAAACUCCAGGUUUGACCUCCCUAGCUUUCUUGAUACUGCAGCUCAUGACAUUUUGUCCCCAGCCUCCCAUCCCCUUUUUCCCCCUGCUUACCUAUAGUUAUAUUUAACACUACCUGAAUCCUUGACUUCAACUUUUGUUGUCUCUGUGUGGUGUGACUCCUCUGUUCCUCUUGUUUUACCUUGUGAUAGAUUAUUUAACUUUUACUUAAUUAUUGCUUGUCCUGGUUCUGGUGCCUAACUCACUCUUCCAUGCACUGAACAGUAUUUUUUGCUGAUGCAAGCCUGGCUGUUAAGCCUUACUUGCUAGAGUUGGUUGGCUGAAUAUAACAGGGACAACAUCUAUAAAAAUAUUGGGUGUGGGAAAACUUUCAGCCAGUACACCUUAUUCUAUAUUAGAAAAAUCUAUACUAGAGAGAAAUAUAAGUAUAUUGAAUAUAUGAAAGAGCUUCAGAAUCAGCUCAACUUUUGAUAAAUGUUAUUGUGUUCAUAUUGGAGAGAAUUCUUGUGAAGACAAUGAAUGUUUGGAACCCUUCUACCAGAGUACAUAACAUUAGAUAGUUUAUGCUGGUGAGGAAUCCUAUGCAUACAAUGAAUAAAAGUCUUCAAUUGUAGUUUAUCCCUCAUCUUACAUUGGAGCUUUCACAGUGGAGAGUAACCAUGGUCAAGUUACUGAAUGAAGGGAAAUCUUUCAGACUCAUCCUUUAGUUCGAUGACCUGCAGUCAAGAUUUCAGUUUGUCACCCAUCAACUCUCGUUUUUAUUUGAUAUAUUCAAAAGUAUGGGCUCAGCACUGGUAUGUUAUCUUUCAUUAAACAACCAGCCUACUUAAGUUCGAAGAAGGCCUUCAGCAGAAAGUUGAUUACAGGUGAAAAAUUAAUUUGGUCACAAAACUCAUGAAGACUAAGUGUAGAAGUAUUGCAGACUGCGUUGUUGGAGUCAUGGAUCUUUGAAAUAUUGAUGUACUUGAAAGAUAAAGUAUUUUUUUCCCUUUUUUAGUUUAUCCCUUAAAAAAAAUUAGCUGCUACCAGCUAGUGAUGGAAUUUUGCAAAUCUGAUUGUGCUGGUCUGUUUACUCAGAACAAUCAUUUAAGUCCAAGAUUUCUGGAAAAUACAGGAAUCUGAUUGCUAAAGCAACUAAAGCUUUUGAAACAAAGAAAACAAUGGGACUUAAAACUUUUUGGAGCAAGGGAAAUGAACAGUCUCUUCUUACAUUUGUGGCAGGUUCCCUUACUGGAAAAUUGAAAUUAUUUAAGUUUAGUAUUAUCACAUGAGAGGAAUGUUAUAAUGUAGGGUUGGGAAUCAAGAUUCUGAAGGUGACUGUUGUCCAAAGUUUUUUUUAUAGAAGUGAUUUCAAAUACUAUAUUUAAUCAAUUAUAAAUGUUAUAGAUGCAUGAAAUCAAGUUUUCUAAAGUGUAUAUAGGUUGUUAAAUAGGGCAACUUAGUAAUGUAUCAUCUAAAAUUGUAUUUCAUAUGAAAAUUUUCUUGUUCAGACCUUUGAUUUCAUUAAUGUAGAGAACUCUUGUAUAGAAUCUAACACUGAUGAUGCAGAUUAACAACUUGUUUUUAACUUGGAGUUAUAGAGAGGUACCUGGGAAAUUGAGAGAUUAAGUGACUUGUCUGUGGUCCCAUAGCUAGUAUGUUCCAGAGGCAGGUCAUGAAUUUAAGUCUUCUGGACUCCAAGGCCAGCCACUGUGUUUACUACUUCUUACUGUCUCUCUGGUUUCUUUAUUAUUCCUAUCUUAUUUUAUAUGGCAGUAAGUCAGAAGGUGAAGAAACACUUUCCCUAGGGUCAUGAAAUUCAGAAGGACUUCUUUUGGGGAUAUUUUCACAGGUACUUCUAAAAGAUUUUUGGGAAACUUAAGGGGAUUUUGAUGGCUUUUUGAGAAACUAAUCCAGAAACUUAUUUUUGUAUCCCUUUUUAUUCAUUGUAAUUUUGUUUUCCUUUUAACAAGCAUAGAGAUUUAUAUGAAAGCAUGGCAUAAUGGAAAGAGUUUCCAUCAAAGUCAGGGAAAUCUGAAUUAAACUCAUGCCUCCAGCAUAUGCGGCUGUGUAACCCUGGGCAAAUUACUUAGCUUCUCAGUGCCUUAGGUAACUGUGGUAGAAGAAAUCUCUCCUGGCGAGUAUCUUACAUUGAUGAAAUCAUAGGUCCCUUCCCACCCCUGGCAUUUGAGAUCAAAUUAGUUAUUAUAAUUUGAAAGCAAGAUGCUUUUCUGUAAUUUGAGGUACCAUCUUGUUACCAGUUAACUUUCAUUGUUUUCCUUGUCGUGUUUCACCAUUGGAAUGAAUGGAUGGGCAUGAUUAAAGGCAGCUCACAAACAGAACAGCUAUAAAAAAAGAAACAAAAACAGUGCUUAUUGUGGUUGUGUGUGAACCCUACAGAAAUUGCUUUUUUCCUUCCAACUCCUUCUCUCUCCCCCCACACCCCUCCGGUUUUGUUGUAUAUGUGGUACAUUUGUGUGGGUUUGAUGCAACUGGAAUAGUUUAGUUCAUUUCCCCAUGUUAAUGCUGAGUAUUAUUUGCUGAUUUUAAUUAUAUGUUUAUAUUGUUUAUAUACCA